AUGGGUAUUGAGGAGGAAGAGAAUAGAAAGAUACUGGAGUUGGUUAACACACCAGCCUUAGACUGGCUAGGGCAAGGUGCUGAGUCUCGUGGCAGUAACGUCAAGGGCGGAAAGUAUGGAAGAACACGCGGUGGCCGUCCGACUCAAACACCCCCAGAAGGUUACCUAUGUCACAGAUGUCAUGUUGGGGGGCACUUCAUCCAACAUUGCCCCACUAAUGGAGAUCCCAACUAUGAUGUCAAACGAGUGAAAGUUGCAACUGGGAUUCCAAAAUCAAUGUUAAAGGCUGACCCAGAUGGUCGGUAUGUUUUAUCGAAUGGCGGGGUUGCGGUCAUGAAGCCAAACGAAGAUCUCUUUGAGAAAGAGAUGGAGGGCAUACCGUCAAGAAGAGCAGCUUGGUCUGUUAAUGAUGUCCCACCUGAUCUUUUGUGUCCUCUCUGUCAGAAAAUCAUGAAAGAUGCUGUCUUGACGAGCAAGUGUUGUUUUAAAAGUUUCUGUGAUAAGUGCAUCAGGGAUCGCCUGAUCAAUUCGAGGUUGAGGUGUGAAUGUGGAGCGACAGAUAUGCUUACUGAUUAUCUGAUUCCUAAUAUGACUGUUAGGCGUGCCAUUAAUAGGAUUUUGGAGUGUGAUACUUCUAGCAGCAGCAGCAGCGGUGGCGGUAGCAGUAGUAAUGCCAAAAGCACCUCUUUUCAACUUCAAGAUUUCGGUUCUUUUGUUCACUCCCCAUCACAAACCAGCAAGGUUUCAUCUAAUACGUUGUCUGCUGCAUCAUCAUCGUCAUCAUCUAAGGAAGAAAGAGUCAAUGCCCUGCCCCAGAUGGCUAAGAGAGCAGGAAUUGCAGAAUCUACUGAUGUAUCUAAAGCCACACUUGCGCCAAUGAAUGUGAAGGAGACAGCACCAAAAGGGAAUUUUCAAGUGAUCAAUGAGGAAAUUGAUCCGCAGAAGCUGGUUAGUGAUGAAAAUGGAAAGAAGAGAAAGAGGAAUGCUUCUCAAGACUUUGAAGCUUGUGAGGGCUAUAUGAUAAUGCCUGCUGGCUCUGGUGCAUACAAUCCAUACUGGGCUGGCAUGUGGGGAGGUAUGGAAGGAUAUCCGGCACCAUAUUAUACUGAGUCAAUGGGUGGUUAUGGAUAUGGCCACUUCGGCGUGCCAUACGUUAAUACUAUGCCUCAAGACUUUUGGUUCACAACGAACAGUGAACUGGCAGGGGAAGAAUCAGGGAAUGCAGGAUUUCCUUACUGA